CCCAUUGUUAUGCCUUUGUUGCGUCCCCCUCGCGAUAGCACCAGGCUGCCAUUCAGCCAUAUAUAUCUGGCAGUCCAAAGUUUUCCACUCUUAGUGUGAGUAUUUCGGAAGAGUUAACGGUGGAAAAUGUCUCAGUACUCAGGAAAGAUUGUGUUCUAUGAGGGAAAAUGUUUCACGGGGAGGAAGCUGGAGAUCUGCAGCGAGUGCGACAACUUCCAGGACCGCGGCUUCAUGAACAGGGUCAACUCCAUCCGCGUGGAGAGCGGGGCCUUCAUCUGCUUUGACCACCCGGACUUUAAGGGCCAGCAGUAUAUUCUGGAGCACGGAGAGUACCCUGAAUUCCAGCGCUGGAAUGCGCAUAAUGAUCACAUGGGUUCCUGCAAACCAAUCAGGAUGCACGGAGAGCAUUACAGGAUGGAGCUGUUCGAGGGGGACAGCUUCAGCGGCCAGUGCGUGGAGCUGUGCGACGACUGUCCUUUUCUGCAAGCGCGAGGCCUGACCAAGAGCUGCAUCAACUCCCUCAGGGUCUACGGAGACGGAGCCUGGGUGUUGUAUGAGGAGCCAAACUACCGCGGCCGCAUGUACAUCGUGGAGAGAGGAAACUACUGUACACACAUGGAGUGGCAGGCAGAGAACCCCAACAUCCAAUCGGUUCGCAGGGUGGCUAAUUACUUUUAAAAUUACCUCAUCAACGUUGCAAGAAGGUCGAGGAAAGUCAUGCCACACAGUUCUGUUUCACUGACCCUGUGGAGCUAUCGCUUAAUAAAAGAAGGCAUAAAUGUUUGACGCUGCUUGUUGUUUUAUUUUUGUAUUGAAUUAGUCAACAACCCAAAUAAAGUAGAGAUUUUACUAUAUGAUCAAUUUUAUUUCCCCUUAUUUUUUUUUAUUUCCUUUUU